AUGUUACAACCAUACAGGCUACUGGGUAGCAUACGAUCCUUCACUACCAGAAGUAUCUUGCUUCAACAAUUUCUCACUCCUGAUGAACUAGUUUCCAAAAGCAAACAAGAACAAGUUGAAAAUCAACAAUUUCAAUCACAGUUACGUCAAAAGCAAGUGCCAUAUUCGCCCAAAACAUUAAGCUCACACACCACUAUUCACGAAAAUCACAAACGUCCAAUCCCUCUCAAUGUUGAACUCUUACAGUAUAAACCUUUGAGGUUACCACAGACACACGGCGACAAGGUAGCUACAUUGAACUUACGAGGUUAUAAUGAUGAUGAUUUAAUUCGCAUGGGUGAAUUUGCAUUACGAGCAGCUUAUUACUUGGGUAUCCCAAUGUCCAAAUUAACUUCCCUCAAGACUGAGAAGAGAUUAUAUACCGUUAUUAAAUCACCAUUUGCUCAAGCCAAGACCAAGCAAAAUUUCCAUCGAACAACGUACAACAAACAAUUGGUGGCUUACGAUGCUAAUCCCGAAGUUGUUGAUUUAUGGUUGAGUUAUGUCAACAGAUACAAGUUAAACAAUGUUGAUAUGAAAGCCACGGUUAUAGCGAGGGAGGGGCUGAACUAUAAUGAAGAAUUGGCCAAAUUGGAAGAGUUUGAAUUACCGCAAGCAUAUGAAGGAUUAGAGGAUCCAGUUGCCCAAAAAGUGAAGGAGUUGUUACAAUCAAAUGAUUUUAAGAAAGCUUUAUAG